UCGGUCGAAGCGAAGUCUCGCUCCCUCGCGCAUUGGCAGAGAACGCGUUAGACUUUCGAACGCAGUACGUACGCGAGCGUGUAUGUCUCAAUUAUUGAUGCAAAAGUUCCACGAUGGUUGACCAUAACGAGAGACUAUUACAGGAGUUGCAAACGAAAAGUGGGAACAAUGUUUGUGCCGAUUGUGGAGUCGACGACCCUGACUGGGCUUCAUACAACCUGGGCAUAUUCAUCUGCAUGCGCUGCGCUUCGAUCCACCGAGGCAUGGGCGCUCACAUCAGCAAAGUCAAACACCUCAAACUGGAUCGUUGGGAGGACUCGCAAGUGCAGAGAAUGAGGGACAUUGGGAACAUCGUCGCGAGGAACAAGUAUGAGGAGCGCGUCCCCCCCUGCUACAGGAGGCCUACGAAGAACGACCCACAAGUUUUAAUCGAGCAAUGGAUCCGCGCCAAGUACGAACGCGAGGAGUUCUGCCACCCAGAACGCCAGAGCUACCUCUCCGGCACCAUGGAGGGGUUCCUCAUGAAGAGGGGAAAGGAGGACAACCGCUACCAGCUUAGGAAGUUUGUGCUCAAUGAGAGCGAAGACACACUCAAGUAUCACGUGAAAGAAAACAAAGAGCCAAAGGGAAUCCUAAAGCUGUCGGAAUUAAACGUCGCUUUUGCCCCCUUGAAAAUCGGCCAGAUGAACUCCAUGCAACUCACAUUCAUGAAGGACGGCACCACCAGACACAUAUACGUGUACCACGAGGACCCAGAAGUCAUCAAUUGUUGGUACAUGGCAAUACGCUGCGCGAAGCUCCACCUCCUCCAAGUCGCGUUCCCCUCAGCACCACAGUCAGACCUAAUCCUCCGUUUGCCCAAGGACUUCGCCAGAGAAGGUUGGCUCUGGAAGACCGGGCCAAGGUCUUCAGACGCCCAUAGGCGACGCUGGUUUACAUUAGAUCAGAGGAAGCUUAUGUACCAUGAUGAGCCUUUGGACGCUUACCCGAAAGGAGAAAUCUUUAUUGGCCACGAAUCCAACGGCUACUGCAUCAAAGUGUCCAACACCGGCAACGGCUGCAAAGAAGCGCGCUUCUCGUUCCAACUCGUGACGCCGGAGCGGACGUACUGCCUCGCGGCCAUCUCGCACGAGGAGCGCGCCGGCUGGCUCGUCGUGCUGCAGCAGGCCAUCAAACGGCCGUUGUCGCCACAGGACUCCACUAUUGAGGCGACACUCGUCCGCAAGCGCACCACGUCGAACUCCACAAUGAGUAUAUUCUCAGGAAGGUAGUCGCACUGUCCACUCUUAUGCCACAGUCGUAAGAGGGACCGAUGCCGCACAUUUCCAAUCAAUAUGAUUAUUUCGUAUUCCAUUCGAACCUGGAAUAUUUUUCAAUCUUUUCUAAUUUUUAAAUGAAUAUUUUAGUGUAAGUUUGAUAACAAAAAUAUUUAUUUGAUUUUAUAGAAUUUAACAAUACAUUUUAUAGUCGUUAUUGAUUUGUAUUAGAUUGAAAUUGCCAAAUUAUACAUUUGACGUGUACUUUUAUUUAAGACAUUUGUAUAAUAAUAGACGAAUUAAUUAUAACAGACUAAGAAGUAGAGUAAUUUAUAAAAGUGUCGAUUAAAAACAAGAUGGCGCUGUACGGUGUUGUG